UUGUCCCAAAAUUCUCAUUUUUCACCCCAAAACUUUGCUUCCCAAUCCUCUAAAAUCAUCAAAUCCGCCCCAAAAUCCUCCGUUCUACCCUUAAAAUUUUAUAAUUUUAACCCCUGUUUCUCCUUUUGUCCCCAAAACCGCCGAAUUCGCCCAAAAAUUCCCAUUUUUCACCACAAAUCCUCUUUACACCCUUAAACUGACUCCUUUACCCCCAAAAUUCGCUUUUAACGGCCAAAUUCCCGCCUCACACACCAAAUUUUACCUUUUUUAGCCCCAAUAUUUGCCCAAAUUCGUCAUUUUUCACCCCAAAAUCGCCGCGUUUAACUCCAAACGCCAUCGCCGCUUUAAAACCAUAGAGAAGUCCUCCAGGGCGGCCAGCGCGCCUCUAAGCUCCGCCCACUUCCGGCGGCGCUCCGCCUCACUUCCGGUUUUUUAUGGUUUCAACAUGGCGGCGCCCACGCUUUUCAAGAUGGCGGCACCCGCGUUGGAGCAGCUCCUCACGGAGCUCCUGGAACCCGACAGCGCCGGGAUUCGCCAGGCUACGGCGCGGCUGAGGGAGGCUCUGGAGGAGCCCGGGACGCUCGAAGGCCUCGCGGUGCUGCUGAGGGAGGCGGAGAGGCCGCAGGUUCGGAAUUUGGCGGCCGUGCUGCUGCGGAGGCGGCUCCGGAAACUGCCCCCGGGUUUGAUUGACAGGCUCCCCCAGCUGGUGGUCGAGGCCCUGGAGCGCGACACGGAUGGCUCCUGCAGGGGGUCCCUGGGGCUGCUCCAGGCCCGGCUGCUGCUCCAGGGGGGCCCCGAAUUUCGGGAACCGAUUUGGAAAUGGAUCCAGGGGGCAACGAGGGAGCCCCAAAAACUGGAGGGGGCGCUGCGCGUCCUGUCCGUGUGCAUUUCCGAGGCCGGCCCCGCCCUCUUUGGCCACGCCCCCGUUUCCGUUAGCCACGCCCCUUCCUGUGGAAGCCCCGCCCCCUUUUCCGGCCCCGCCCUCCUGUGGCUCCUCCGGGGCUCCCUGAGGUCCCCGAACCCCCCCGGGGUCGUCGGCGCCGCCCUGGGGGCUCUGGGGGAGCUCCUGCCCCUCCUGGGGGGCACCAGGAAGAAUUUGUGGCGCUCGUUGGUGCCCGAGGUGCUGCAGGCGCUGCAGGAGCUGCUGGAGAGAGACCAGGAGCGCGGCGCCGCCGCCCUGGAGAUCCUGGAGCAGCUCCUGGAGUUUCACCCUGAGGCUCUGAGCUCCCACCUGAGGGAAAUGUUGGGGCUGUGCCUGCAGGUGGGCGGGGCCGAGUCCCGCGGCGACGCCCUCAGGGUUCGGGCGCUGGGGACGGUGACGGCGACGGUGCAGAGCAGGGGGAGGGCCCUGCUCCCCCUCCUCCCCUGGCUGCUCAGGGGGGUUCUGGGUCCCCUCUGUGCCCCCCUGGGAUCCCCCCCAGACCCCGAGGACGAGGACGGGGCCGAGGGGCCCAGCCCCCGACACGCCGCCGCGCAGAUUCUGGACGCUCUGGCUCAGGAGCUCCCCCCUGAGAAGCUGCUGAAGGAAUUGUUGCCGCUGCUGGAGGGGCCGGCCCGGGGUUCCUGUGCCGGGGGUCGCAAGGGGGCGAUGCUGGCGCUGGCCGCCAUUGCUGGAGGCUGCGGCUCCGCCCUGCGGCAGCGGUUCCUGGCCCCGGUGCUGGGGGCCCUGCGGGGGGGGCUGGGAGACCCCGAGGGAGCCGUGAGGGGAGCGGCCGCGGCGGCCAUGAGGGAGCUCCGCGAGCAAAUGGAGCCCCACCUGGCCCCGCUGGCUGCCGAGUUCCUGCCGCGAGUUCUGGGCGAGCUCUGGGGAUCCCCCCAGGGCUGGUUCGUGCUGGAGGCGCUGCUGGAGGCGCUGGGUGAGGGGGCCCAGGCCUGGCUGCCCCAGGUGCUGCCCAGGAUCCAGGGAGCUCUGGAGGCCGCGGAGCCGCGGGGUCGGGAGCUGGCGCUGAGCGCGCUGCACGCGUUGGCUUGCAGCUGUGAGUCCCUGCCCCUCCCCCCCCCCACCCUGGCGGCCGUCGCCGCCCUGGCCCGGGAGGGGCCCCACCAGUUACAGGCUCUGGUACCGGUUCAUACUGGUUUAUACUGGUCCAUACUGGUUUAUACUGGUGUAUAUUGA